AUGGAGUAAAUUGUUAGCAAGAAUUGGAGGAAUAGAGAGCCCUAAUUGAAUAAAGUCCCAAAACCCUAGUCUACUGACGUACCAACACUGAGCCCUAAUUUAAUUUGGAAAUUUGGACUGAAACACAUAGAAGUAACACAUUCAAGUACACACUCCACAGGGAGGGAAAAAAAAAAAAAAAAAAAAGUACACUCCACAAAAUCUGAGAACUUUGACUCACACCAAUCACAUGGAAACAUCCGAUACUCCACCCGAAAUCUCCGACAGCCUCAACAAUGUCACCUCCGACGAUUCUUUUCCCGGAGACCACCACUCUCCUCCUCCCCAUACCACACCCGAACCCCCCGUAUCUGACUCUCAGCUCGACGACACUUCCGAACCGGUCCCCAACGACCCUGAACAACCCGAGCCCGGUUUACCCAACGACGAACCCGGUCCGCCACCGCCCAAGAAACGUCGUCGCCGGAAGAAGCUCUUCCCGGAGAUGAUCUCGUCGGCGGCAGCCGUCACCGGCCUACGGGUCCUCCGGCCCCACUCCAGACAAAACGAGAAAUUGGCGGACGAGAUGGUUGAAAUCGACGACGCUAUUUCGCUCUCCAAGAACGGCCGGCGCAUCUCCGACGUCGCCAAGGAAGUCGACGUGGAGGCGCUGAUCGCGAUCUCCGUCGGCUUCCCCGUCGACUCGCUCACCGAGGAGGAGAUCGAAGCCAACGUGGUGUCGCAAAUCGGCGGCGUCGAACAGGCGAACUACAUCGUCGUUCGGAACCACAUUCUUUCUCGUUGGCGAUCGAACGUCUCGGUCUGGAUGACAAAAGAUGAUGCCAUGGAGUGGAUUCGAGCUCAGCACCGAGAUCUAGUCGAUUCUGCCUACACUUUCUUGCUCAAUCAUGGUUACAUCAACUUCGGCCUCGCUCCGGCCAUCAAAGAAUCGAAAUUACGGCCACCAGAUGGCGCACCAAAGGCCAAUGUCAUCAUAGUCGGAGCUGGACUCGCCGGAUUGGUCGCCGCAAGGCAAUUGAUCUUUCUAGGGUUUAAGGUCGUUGUGCUGGAGGGUCGCAGCCGUCCUGGUGGCCGUGUCCGGACAAAGAAGAUGUGCGGCGGUGGCGAGGGAGUGGUGGCGGCGGCGGAUCUUGGCGGAAGCGUCCUCACCGGAAUCAAUGGGAACCCACUUGGGGUUCUUGCUAGGCAAUUAGGGUAUCCACUUCAUAAGGUGAGAGAUAUAUGCCCUUUGUAUUUACCCGAUGGUAGAACUGUAAAUUCCGAAAUGGAUUCUCGAGUUGAAGCUUCUUUCAAUAAAUUGUUAGAUAGGGUUUGUAAACUUAGGCAAUCAAUGAUGGAGGAAGUGAAAUCAGUAGAUGUUUCAUUAGGGACAGCACUCGAGGCGUUCCGCUGCGUUUUUGGGGUGGCAGAGGAUCCCCAAGAGCGAAUGCUCUUGAAUUGGCACCUUGCAAACCUAGAGUACGCAAAUGCAACCUUGAUGUCGAAUUUGUCGAUGGCGUUUUGGGAUCAAGAUGAUCCCUAUGAGAUGGGUGGUGAUCACUGUUUCAUUCCCGGAGGGAAUGAGAGGUUUAUCAGGGCAAUGGCGGAGGACCUCCCGAUUUUCUAUGACCGGCCGGUGGAGAGUAUAAGAUAUGGAGUUGAUGGGGUUUUGGUGUAUGCAGGUGGGCAAGAGUACCGUGGGGACAUGGUUCUUUGCACGGUGCCAUUGGGUGUGCUCAAGAAGGGAUCAAUUGAGUUUGUCCCGGAGCUUCCAAAGCGAAAAACAGAUGCAAUUGAAAGAUUAGGAUUUGGAUUGCUAAAUAAGGUUGCAAUGUUGUUUCCCUAUGAUUUUUGGGGUGGUGAAAUUGAUACAUUUGGUCAUUUGGCCGAGGACUCGAGUAUGAGGGGCGAGUUCUUUUUGUUUUAUAGCUAUUCGUCUGUUUCAGGAGGCCCACUACUUGUAGCUCUUGUUGCUGGUGAAGCUGCAAUUAACUUUGAAAUGAUGUCUCCAGUUGCAUCUGUAGAGAGGGUACUAGAUAUUUUGAGGGCAAUUUUCGAUCCAAAAGGGAUUUCUGUUCCUAAUCCACUUCAGGCGGUUUGUACUCGUUGGGGACAAGAUCAGUUCACAUACGGGUCAUACUCUUAUGUUGCGGUUGGGUCUUCAGGCGAUGAUUAUGAUAUUCUUGCAGAGAGUGUCGGAGAUGGGAGGGUUUUCUUUGCUGGAGAGGCGACUAACAAACAGUAUCCAGCAACAAUGCACGGAGCUUUUCUUAGUGGCAUGAGAGAGUCAGCUAAUAUGUUGAGAGUUGCUAAGAGGAGGUCAUUGGUACUGGCUGAAAAAUCAAAUAAUAUCAAUGCAGAAAGUGAUGUAGAUAAAUUGUUUGACACUCCUGACCUUACAUUUGGUAGCUUCUCUGUUCUGUUCGAUCCCAAUUCUACUGAUUUCGAGUCUAAUUCUUUGUUAAAAGUUGCAUUCAGAGGUGAAAAAUUGGGCUCUGGCUGUAUACAUCUUUAUGGCUUGAUAAGAAGGAAGCAGGUUGCUGAGCUGAGUGAACUGGAUGGAGAUGUAAGCAGGAUGAGAAUGUUAAAUCGAGAUUUUCAGGUAAGGUUGGUUGGGCGGAGAGGUUUAUGUAGUUCUGCAGAAUCUCUCAUUACCUGCAUUAAAUCAGCUAGAUCCGACGUUACCCAAGGAUUUCAGAACAACACUGGCCUCCGAAACACAGAGUUCUCUUGAACAAUUUUAAGCAAUAAUAGGCAUUAUUGGCUAACCCAUUGCUUUGAAAGUUGUAAAUGGUCAGAAUUCUUCCAAUAUUGACUUGAUGAAGGGAGCUCUUAGAAUAAUUUAUUCCCCAUGGAUGUGAAGCUUGUUGGACUAAAAAGCCUUCUCCUUGUUGUACAGUAAUAACAAAUUCUAGGGUUAGAUUCUUGGAUCCGAAUGAAACACAAAAUUGGUCCGAUUUCACGAGGCUUAAAACCUUGUGUUGAAUUCCUUGAGAGGUAGCUAGAUGAUUAUGACAUCUCUAUGUAAUUUUAUUUUAUUUUUAAUUUUAUUUUUUUUUUCUGCUCACGAUGUCGUGUGUACUUCCAUCUUUGCGGAGGAAAUUGAUAAAUUGAAUGUCAUUUUCUAUUUGUUGUG